UCGUCACUUCCUCCUCCAGUUUCGUUAGGUAGCCUAGUUAGCAUGCAGGUAGCUAGCUGCUAAAAUAGUCCCUUAAUUAUUGUACAUAUGCAACUUUUGGGGGGUUCUUUUCUAAUAUGAGUACAAAACGUUUAAAGUCUGGUUGAACUGCUGUAAUAACGUAAUCUCGCAUCGCGCCAGAGACCUCUUCAAGUGUUGUUUGUUAGCCACCUGCUAGCCAGCGUUGGCUAACUACACUCAUUGAACACCAUGGCAAGUGCAGCAAACGCAAACCUCAACGCAGUCCGGGAGACCAUGGACGUGCUCCUGGAGAUCUCCCGGUUACUGAACACUGGUUUGGACAUGGAGUCUCUGUCCAUAUGUGUGAGACUGUGUGAGCAGGGCAUCAACCCAGAGGCAUUGUCUGCUGUCAUCAAAGAACUGCGGAAAGCUUCUGAAUCCCUGAAGGCUGAAGGUGCAGCCUGAUCACCUCAGUGUGGGAGACUCUUUUGGGAUCAUGCCCUGUUCCUGGAUCUGUACCUACCUACCGUAGACUCUCCAGCCAAUCGGAUUUGUGUGUGUGUUGGCACUCUGUCCUCUGCGUCUCCUCGGUGACUAACUGCCCCUGUUUUUUGCUUUGACUUGUGUCUGAGUUUCUGAGUGGAGAUAUCAAACACAGUCCUCUUCCUACACACAAGUCUUCUCCUGCCAUAAGGGCAUGCUCAGCCAUUUUGCCUCAAAUUUAGGCUUGCUCCAACUCUAAGUUGAGACUGGUAUUAGCAUUGACAUCCUGCCUUAAUUUAAGAGCCUAUUUCUCGUUUCUGAUAGUCAACUUGUGUUGCACUUUUCAUGAGGAUUUUUUAUUGAUGUUUUGAAAUGUCUAUAAUUUGUUGUGAAUUGUUUUUGAUUUUGUGUAAGCACAGAGCAUUUUUCAACUUGCCAUUUUCAUUGUCCAUGUAACCGUCAAUGAGUGAACAAAGUCUAAAUUAAAAUGUUACAGUUGACGGCCA